GAUUUCGCUGCUGGGAUGUGGAAGACACUGGGAUCAACAUCAAUGAGGAGCUGGCUCAGAUUGCAAACAGAGCCUCCUUGGGAGUGGAGGGCAUCAAUGCCAGCAACAAGCCAGGAGAAAGGCUGAUUCAGCAUCAAUCAGACAACCUGGCAGUGGAGAUUCUCAUCAACCCAGUGGCAGUUUCUGUGAAAACUUCCAUCAAGAAACUCCUUAUAGCCCUGGCUCCAACCAAAUACAUCAUCUAUGCUGGCUACACCUUUCAGGGCUCUGGAGCCUGGGUGCUUCAGGAUGACACCUUUGCUUUCAGUCACUUGGCACAGGUGUUCAAGAAUAUUGACGUGGAGAAUGCACUGAAGCAGAACAUCGAGGCUAACCUGACCAUUCAUACACUGGCAGACAGCAACUGGGGGACCAGCAUCAGCAAGGCAGACUUCACCAACAACCUGCGCAUCCAGCUCAACCCACCGCAGAAGCUGGACAACAUUCAUGGUGUCCUACAGUUCACCGCUUAUGUUGGAGGAUUCCUCAGGGUUGUCCCUGUGACCAGCCUCCUCCAAGCCUCGGAACAGUUUGGCAACAUUAGUUUUACCCGUCCUACUUUGUAUAUCUUUCCAGGUUGUCAGGGUGAUUCGGCGUUGUUUGGGGUCAAUGGGUUUAAUUUGUUGGUAAAUGGUGGGUAUAACAGACGAGCUUGCUUUUGGGAUUUUGCUAGGCAUUUAGAUAGACUUGAUGCCGUACUGAUGACCCAUUUGGGUACAGAUAAUAUCUUUGGUCUUAGCACAGUCUUACAGAGGAAAGUUCUGGAAAACAUCCAUCCACAGAUUGGCUAUUUGUACUUCAAUGCCCCAGAGAAAUUGGCCAGUUUGUCUUCUGGUGAUGAUGGCGACAGCAGUGCCAGUAAGAGUCCCAGCUUGAUUAUCAAUCUGGUGGAAGAGGCUAACAAGCUGGCCCACAUGGCCAAGCAGCUAGGCAUCAGUCCACACCCGUGCUCCCGCAGUGCCACUGCUGUCACUUGUGACCCGGUGAACCUCUACCACAAGCUGGGACAUGGGUCCCUGGAUAUGUAUGUUUUGAACCCAGUUGCUGAUAGCAAGGAGCUGAAGGAAUUUUACCAGCUCUGGAGCAAACAGACUGCCAGCUUGGAUGCAAGUGGGCCAUUUUCUUUACCAAGUUCAUUGUCUGUCUGUGCUCUGCUGGUCUGGAAACCUUACAAUGUUGAUGACAAGAUUGUGAGAAUUUUCUUUCCUGGCAAUGCUCCACAACAUAAAGUCAUUGAGGGGUUUGAGAAAAUGAAAAGCUACGGUUUUCUCAAACUUGCGUCGUGUACAACACGAGACCUGACUAGACCGGCGCCGAUAAAGAAACCUGUUGGGCUAAAUAAAGCAGCAGGACCUGGAGGCAGGAGUCAGGGGAAAGCACCUACAUCGGCUAGAAGUGACACUACCAGAGGCAUCAACGGAAGGGUAGAAUCUCCUCGCAAGGAAACCAAACCUGUGGCUACAAAAACUGAAGUUAAGGCAUCAUCACCUACAAAACCUAGCCGACCCAUCAAGGAUGAAAACAACAAGAAGAGCGUAAAAGAAAGAGAGAAACCUAAAGCUCUUGAGACUACAAAAUCAAAAACAGUGACAGCAAAGAGAGGAUGA